AUGUGUCUGGAAGACAGCCUCGGAGUCUUGAGAAGAGAGUGUGGUUCGAAUUUCCUUGGUGGUGGAAAUGACUUCUCUUCUGGCUUCAUUCUUGGUAAGACGGUUAAAACAUUGAGUGGGGAAUUAGAUGGAUGGCUGAGUAAAGCAGACCAGUGCUCUCGUGCGAGGGCUAUUAUUGCUCCACAUGCUGGCUAUAGCUACAGUGGAGCAUGUGGUGCAUAUGCCUAUAAACAGGUCGACCCUACUAAUAUAGAGCGUGUAUUUAUCCUUGGCCCCUCCCAUCAUGUAUAUCUACCAGGGUGCGCCCUCUCAACAUGUACCAAAUACGAGACCCCUCUAUAUAAUCUACAAGUUGAUCAAACAGUGAACCGAGAACUGAUGAAGACCAAAAUGUUUGAGACCAUGUCAGUACAAGUAGAUGAAGAUGAACACAGUAUAGAGAUGCAUCUACCAUACAUAGCAAAGGUCAUGGAGAGGAGAAGGGGUAAUUUCACCAUAGUGCCAGUGCUUGUUGGCGCUUUAGAUGGUAAAAAGGAACAGGAAUAUGGUCAUUUUUUUAGUUCUUACCUUGCUGAUCCUAGCAAUCUUUUCGUAGUUUCUUCAGAUUUUUGCCAUUGGGGUGAGUUUUUAUUCAAUUUCAAUUCAAUUCAUUUCAUUUUGCUUAUAUGUAAGAAAAGUUCCUCAGGAAAUUAUUUGCGGACUUGA